AGUUAUAGCUUCUAGAAUGUACGAGAACACAUGUGAUGCAAUCGUUCAGUAUUCUCCAAUCAUAUUCGUCGAUUUGCCGGCAAAUCAUUCCGUACUUUUUACUGUACAAUUCUCUAUAUCCAAAUCAACACCAUCUUGUGUCAGAUUUUAUAUCUCGUGUAAUGUCUCGUUGUUACGUAACGUGUAUACUGGGUUCUUACUCCAAAUCAAUAAAAACGUGGUGGGGCAAAGAAGUAUAGAGGGGAAUUGGGAAUCUUCGAGAAAAGCGGAGAGGCUUGCUCGGCUGCUGCACAUAGAUAGUACAACGUGGUUGAACUGCGAGUGCACGAUCUCUGUCUAUCGUAGAAAUUUGAAAUUUUAGAAACAAUG